CCUUUAGGGAUGGUAAACUUUGGUAACCUGGAUGUCACACUGGCCCUGCAUGUGCCCCAAAAUCAUGUUAUUACCAAAGACCGGCUCAAGGGCAAACGAGUGAGACAGAUGAGCAGCAAGGCAAUGUUCAUCUAGCGUAUGCCCAAAACUUGAGUUUGGCUUUUCAUCCAUAGGGGUUUGAGAGACCCCUGCCUGGCCUAUAGCAGGGGAAGGGGCAGGGAGGCAGGACACCGUACUUCUGCUGACCUAACCUGCUGACCACUACUGCUUCUGGAAGGACCACGAGAACUUAUUAGAAUCAUCAACUCACAUCUGCAGUCACCCCUCCCCCCCCCUACCACUGCUACCACCACCACUACUAUUACUACUACUGCUACCACUACUACUGCUGAAAAGCCUACGAGAGUUUGAAGAAGAGUCUGAAGGAAGUCGUACUCCUCUGCUGUCAACCUACUCACUCCCUGCUUGAUGAAACUGAGCAGGAACGAAUUGCCAGUCAUUGAACGUUAUAGUCAGCCAUUCAGCUAUUUUUUUUUUUUUUUUUUUUUUUACGUCUUCGCCUGUAGUGCCGGUAGGCUUUCUUCAGGGGCCUGGUGGUCGGCUCAAGCCCAUCAUGGCGCAGGCAAUUUUUAUAGUGGCGCCAUUUAUGCUUUACGUAUGACUUAUGGAGACUGACUGAGUGGUUGACGGGCCCCAGGGAAUAAGUCAGCCGAGUCUUUGUCAUUAAGUGAGAUUCGUAACUCGCCCAGGAACCGACUGGCUGACUGUAUGACUGGCAAGGAAAAAUCAUCACUCACCCAAACCAUUUCAUAAUAUAUAUCAAAGCAUUUGUGAUCAGUUUAUGUAUCAUCUAUUUUGGGGGGUUUAUAUCAUGGCACAAAUUUGGCCCGUCGCUGCUACAUGGUAAAGCCACAAAUUUGGCCCGUUGCUGCUACACGGUAAAGCCACAAAUUUGGCCCGUCGCUGCUACACGGUAAAGCCACAAAUUUGGCCCGUCGCUGCUACACGGUAAAGCCACAAAUUUGGCCCGUCGCUGCUACACGGUAAAGCCACAAAUUUGGCCCGUCGUUGCUACCGGGUUAACUAUAGUGCACACAUAACCAGGACUUAGGACUCUUCCAGAACACCUCUGAGUGGAUACGUGUUAAAUUAUUAGUAUGACGAACCAAGGAUGUGUUGGGUAAAUAAUCAAUAACUUGGGCUGGGUGGUAAAUGCUGAAACAGUGCUCAAAUUUGUAUCAAGUCUCGAUGAAGUGUGGGAGGCCCAGGAACUAAGAUUUAACUAUAUACACAUAACCACCACAUGCAGCCAACACUCGGAAAACAACCAGGCUUAAGACUUUCAGAACACCUGUGAGUAUGUUGACGGAUCUGUGAUUGGUGGGUUUGUGUUUGCUAAUACUGAUUUGUUAGUCACCUUUGCUGUGUUGUUUUAUAUAUGUGCAAUUAACAUUUUUAUAAGGUAUGUAUGGUAGCUCCUUAAGACUGAGAAGGGAACACCAGUCAUCCUUAAAUUAAUGUUACUGUUUGAUCUUUACAAUAUAAGAGAGUACACCAUGAAAUUGAGAGAAAAUGUGUCAUACCAAAGAAAACAAUAUAUGCGGUAACUCAAUUUAAAAGUGAGAAAGGAACAUCAGUCAUUCAGAAAUUAACGAUACUAUUUGAUCUUUACAAUAUUAGACAGUACACCAUGAAAUUGAGGGAAAAUGUAUGAUGCCCAAGAAAAUAUUUAUUGAGGGUAAACUAUAAAAAACACUAAUUAUUUGUAGACUGGACUUGGUGACUGGAAAGAUGAUUAUAAAACGUUCCUCAAAACUGAAAGGGAGACAAAAAUCAUUUAGUGCUUAAUGCUUUUGAUCUUUACAACAUUAGACGGUGUACCAUAAAAUUGGGAGAAAAUGUGAUGAAGAAAAUGACUUUUGAGGGUAAACUAAAGUGAACCCAAAUUAACUGAAUAUAUAUCAAAUUCAGCGACUGGAAACAUGGAUGAGGUGCGGCCAGUGCUCGGUGCGGGGAAUGUGCGGAAGUUUGAGUGUCUGCAGUGCGGGGAGGUGCUUGGGAGUAGCAGCCGCUUCAUCCAGCACAACCUCGGCCACAUAGGGGUGCGGGUGUACCUGUGUGGGAUGUGCGAGAAGCUAUUCCACACCAUACAGCAGCUGGCAAUACACACCCUCUCGCAUCCCACCUUCACCAAUCCUGGAGCGCAUUCCACCUCGGACAGUGCACAUCCCACCGCUACUGACACUUCGGACAAUGCACAUCCCACCACUACCACCACCACCACACCAACGCAUCCCACCAGUACCGACGCAUCCCCCAAGAAGAAGAAGGAGAAGAAGUCGUAUACGUGUAAAGAGUGCGGGAAGCGAUUUACGAACCGCACUUUGUUUAACCGACACAAUGACAUCCACGAAGGAAAGAAAUUUAUGUGUGAGCAGUGCGGGAAACUGUUCAGCCAGAAGGGGUACCUCAAGACACACCAGGCCAUACACACAGACGUCAAGAUGCACGCCUGUGAGAUCUGCGGCAGGGAGUUCACGCAGAAGAGCACCCUCGUCCACCACCUCACGGUCCACAACGGGAAGAAGUUCAAGUGCGAGGAGUGUGGGAAAGUCUUCAGUCGUAAGAGCUACCUGUCUUACCACGCCAAGACGCACGCCGACGAGGGGCGGAAGAGGUUCGAGUGUGCCGACUGCGACAAGACUUUCACGCAUAAGGGCGACCUCACGCAGCACGUCAAGAGCUUUCACCAGGGGAUUAAGUUUGCCUGUGAGGAGUGCGGAAAGGAGUUUACGAAAAAGAGCAACCUGACCAAACACGAGAAGAUGCAUAUGUAGAAGGUGGUGAGGGUGAGGAUGAUGAUGGUGGUGCUGUUGAUGGUGAGAACGAUGAUGAUGAUGAUGGUGGUGGUGAUGGUGGUGGUAUUGUCGUCUCCAUCCUUCUCCUCGUCCUCCACCACCUCCACCUCCUUGUCUCAUCUUGUCUCCACGAAGCAUCAUUGCUCAAAAAGCGGAAUGGGGCGGCCGUGAGGGACUGCAGCGCCAGGAGGUAGAGCGCCGUGGACACCGCCCGCUCCCCUCCGCUCUGCUGGUGUGGGGUCAACUCCUGCAGCUUCUGGUGGUCUCGGAACUUGACGUAGAUGACCAUCCCGUAGUUGAC